AUGCUUGGUCUUAUUUUUUUGAUCUCUAUUGGUUUUUCUAUAACUUUUGUUCAUUCUUGUAUUCCAACGCAACAAAUUGAACAAGGUAUUGUGGUCAGUUCAAUAUCAAUAACGUCUAGCUCGACUUCAGAACCUGUAACUUCUACUUCAACUAGCCCUUCGACCUCUACUACGACUUCAACAUCUACCACGAUCACCACUCCGCCACCUUGCUUGGAUGGUUGGACACUAUUAGAUCGCGACACCUAUUCUUGGUGCAUCGUAAUCCUUAUAACAUCCCCAAUAACUCCAGCAACAUCAGAUGCCGCUUGUAAAACCCUCUCCCCAACCGCACUCACGUCAGGCGUCCUAAACCUUGCGGAAUACGCAACAAUAAAAACCCUGGCAAUCACUGCAAACUCUGGAAACGACGCGACUAUUAUAAUUGGUGCGCAGAGAGUCGCAGGUUGUGUAGGAGUGGUUGGAGUUACCGCAACUUGCACACAAUUGAACUCGUUUUACUGGACAGAUGGGCAUACUACAGGAACAGGUGGAUUUAUGAAUUGGCGAGACUUGCGGCCAAAUAAUAUCGAUGGGUUACAAGAUUACUUGAUGUAUCAUACUAGUCUUGAUGCUAUUGAUGAUGUUAGGCCAACUUGGGCUGUUGGAAAUGGCGCGGUUUGUGGAAUGUUAGCUGUAUAA